AUGCUUUCCCUUCAUUUCUGGGUGUCUCCGAGUAGAGCUACAGAUGCUGCUCCUUCUGUUACCAAUGGCAUUCAGUCUCAUAACUGCAGACAGUGCCAAGGCAACAACUGUACGGGAAAGCUCAGCUACAAGACCCUGGCAGCUAUCACGGCAGGAGCAGCAGCCCCCCCAGCACGGACCACUGCAGCCACCUCCGCCACCCCAUACAGGGGCCUUCCCAUCUCCCUUGGGUUGGCCCAGGCCCCGCCACAAGGGCUGAAGAAGUUGAAGCUGGUAUCAGUGGCAGAAGCGUCCCCAGCCGGGGGUUCAGUCCAGGCACGUGGGCCCCUUCUCCAAGCAACUCUUCGUCCCAGAGGGGGCCAGAGUAGGAUCCAAGAUACCUUCAACUCUCACUGCUGUCUCCUCCUGUCACUGCGGCCUGAGGAAGGGAUCAGUAUGGAAGUGACUGCUCCUGACCUGGUGAAAGAGCCCAAACUGAGUGAGAUCGGAGAUGGGGAGGGCAGUAGAGGAGGCAGCCAAGACCUCAAGCAACAGCAGCAGCUGACACUUCCAAAGACAUCGGGGGAAGUAAAAUAUGUGGAGAUCUGUGGCCCCGCUGGAGCAGCUAGAGAAAGCUCUGGGACUUUGAACUUCACUUUAGUGGGUGACAACCCCCAGAGCAGAGCUAGCAGCCCCCCGGAAGAGUCCACUGCCCCCACACCCCAGACUCUUACCUCCUCGGAUCUUGCUGGCUUCCAGCUCUCCUGCAGCCAUGGGAGUCCCGAGUCCUUUUCUUCUUUCUCCUCCUUCUCUGCCUCCUCCUCCCCAACGGACAAGGUAAGGGAAGCCUGUUCCCCCAACUUGGACGACACGACCACGUCCGUUGGUGGUCCAGCCACAUCGUCUUCUUCCUUGGGUUUCGAGAGUGAGAGCGGUGAGGGUAGUGACCGCGAGCCCAGCUGCCCUGAGGAUUACAAUCCAGCCCACCCGCCCAGAGUGGGAGAAGGGGGAAAAGCGAGAGGAGGAGCAGGAAGAGGAGGACCAGCAGCAGGGUUCAGGGCCAACCCUGCCAAGUCCCAGGGCUGCGGCCACCCCCCACCGAAUGAGGAGGCUCACUACAUCACCACCCAUGAGAUCCAGCUGAGUGAAGUCGAACAGGACACAGACUUUGACCUCGGAUUGGCCUCCCGCUGGGACUUCGAGGACAACAACGUGAUCUACUCGUUCGUUGACUACGCUUCCUUUGGUGGUAGCGAUGAGACCCCCGGGGACACCGCCACCCCGACCGAAGACAGCUGCUACCUGAGCACUGGCCCGAGCACCAGCGCCACCAGGUCUCCCACCCCCAUCAGUAGCGAGCCAGGGCACGCAUCCAUGGCCAGCGACGGCCGCGACACCAGCAGCACCGAAGUGGGCAGCACCCUCUCUGAAAGUGACACCGAUACGGCUGCUGCUGCCACCCCCCCUUGUGAGCCCCCAGGCGAGCCCCAGAAGGCAGUUCCAGCAGCUCCAGCAGCAGCAGCAGAAGCAGCAGCAGCAGCAGCAGCCACAAGCAGCUGUGGGAAUGCUCCAGGCCAGAUCCGCCUAUCAAUCAAACCAACUUCCCGGGCUAUAAAUGAGCCUAGCAACGUGCGGGCAAAGCAAAACAUUAUUCACGCUGCCAAGCAUGAAGGCGAAAUGAGCCUCCGAGUCUCUUCAGCUGCUGAACACAAUUCAAGUUUGCCCAAGCCGCACCCAGCUGCAGCAACAGCUCAAGACCAUGCAAAGAAAUUUAUUGCCGUACCUGCCCGCCUGCAGACCAGGUGUGGGGCCAUCCGGGCGAAGGAGCUGGUGGAUUACUCGAGUGGGGCGUCCAGUGCCGUCAGUGAGCUGGACGAUGCGGAUAAAGAGGUGCGUAACCUGACAUCCCGAGCCUUCCGGAGCCUAGCUUACCCUUACUUUGAGGCCCUUAACAUUAGCUCCAGAGCUUCCUCCACAGCCCUUUCCGACGUGGGCUUUGGCCGCUGGUCGACCUUCUUGGAUUUAAAAUGUGCCGGUCUGGGGGCCAGGGUGGAGCAGAGCCUGCUGAAGAACAGCGCGGCGUCCGUGGCUGCUGGGCUGAGGAAAGGUGCUGGGGUCAGGCCCUCUGCAGACCAACUCUACAUCCAGUCCAAGAAGUCUCAGACCAAGGCCCUGGAAUUUGUGGUCAGCAAGGUGGAUGGGGAGAUCACCCACGUGGAGACACCCUUGUGCUUCCAGAAAAAGGUCCAAGGCGGCUCCCGAGUAGUCACCCUUUUGGAGACACUAAAUUUACGCAGCGAGAGCAAAGCAAGUUCUGUUGCUGGGUCUGUGAAAAAAGGUGCCAACAAGGCCUCGGGGUCAGUUUACACAGACGAUGGCUCUGAGACCUCGGAAAGCAGUAAGCCUUCCUCUAGGGCCGAAGGCACACAGAAAAAAUCCAAAUUUGCUUCCAGUCUUCUCAAAAAUGUCAUCUCUAAGAAGAUGCAGCGGGAGCAGGAAUUCAAAAUGGAAAGGGGGGAAGUCUCCGACACAUCUCACAAGAAACCCCCUGGCUCUUCCAGGGAGCCCGAGGACUCCUCAGGUUGGGAGAAGCCCCCUGAGAAGAGUCUGCAAAGACAGAGUUCCCACUACUCGGAGGCCAGUUCCGAGUACACAGUGGUCAGUGUCUCAGAUGCCGGCGGGGACACUCCAGUUUCCGAAGACAAAUCUCCAGUUUUUCAAGCAAGUGCUCCCCGGGAAAGCAGUGCCGGAUCCAACAGAACCUUCACUGCCCCCCGCUCAGAAGAGGUGUGUGGAAUUAAGAAGAGCGCCUCUGAAACUGUCAAGGGCAUCUUCCUUCGCAGCCAGAACAGUGCCUUCAGGUCGUGGAAGGAGAAGGAGGCUGAAAAACUGGAGGAGAAGGCCCCGAUCCGGAAACUGAAGCUCUCCAAAGGUGGGGACUGGAAGGCUGACCUUGGGGAGAUAUCUGCCAGCAAGUCAACAAUCAUGUCCCGACUCUUCGUCCCCAACAUCCAGCACACUCCCAAAGACAAGCAGCCCAGAAAACAGGCCACUAAAUAUCCGACAACCCAGGCUGCCUCCACGGCUGUGAUCAAACCCAAAGUCCCUGAAAUCAAGAUCCGCCUGGGCAGCGUGCAGGAGCCCAGUGCUGACUUUAACAUAGCCAAGUUACUCACCCCGAAGCUGGCAGGUAGCAGCUCUUCAACCAUUUUCAAGACCAUCGAGGACAAUAGCAGAGCGCAGCAGAAACUUUUCAGGGGCGACAGCUUGGAAAAGGUGCCCCAGUUCCAGGUGCGGGAUGUGAGGGACAAAACCAAAACUCAAGCGCCACUCCACCAGGUGAGAGACGUCAGGAAAUUGAUCAAAGGAUCUGGGGAAAGCAGUGAUAAAGGAAGUGUGACCCCUGAACAGGCAACUUCGGGACCGAAACCCAGGCAGCUCUCUGCAGGGGGUGGUGCUUCUAAGUCCCUGUCCCCGAUGGUAAUCACGUGCCAAGCAGUAGCGAACCCCAGAGAAGAAGGACUGGACCGAGAUCUAAGGGAUGGCAUGGGGAAAGCUUCCACUAGGACCCUUCCCUCUUCUUCUCCAGAAGGUACAGUCUUAGUUCACAGGGCAUCUGGUAGGUUACCUGUGGCCACCAUUGCUCCCAAUAAGACUGAACAGGGGUCCCACCUGCCUGUAUUAAAGAUUGUCUCUAAGACGUCUGCACAGAAGACACCGGAAAAACCUAAAGAAGAAGAGGCCAAGGAGGAAGUCAAAGUUCCAAAGCCCACGCGCAAUGCGCUGGAGAAGCUCACAGCAGCCGUGAGAUCGAUGGAGGAGCUGUAUAGCUUCAAUCGGUAUGAAUGGAAACGCAAGAGUGAUCCCCUGCCCAUGAUGGCUGACAGUCACGUGCUGUCCCUCAUCGAGAGUGAAGAACGCGAAGGCAAUGGGGGGGAAGCAGGCAAGCCAGCCAAAAGAUUGGUCGAGGUAGAAGAACGAGGGCCAGGGGGGAAGAGCGGGGUGGUUAUGAGGGGGGUGGUCCCAGAACGCCUUCAGCGGAGAAACUCCAACCCCAACGCCGAGAGCGUGUCCGCCAGGGCUGCAGCCUUUGAGAACAUGGCUAGGGAAAGGCCCCGAUCUCUCUACAUUCCCCCCACCCACAAAGAUGUGGAGAGGACCCAACCUCUGCAGCCCUUACCUCCCUUACCUAGCAACCGGAAUACCUUCACAGUAGGUACCCAGAAAACAGCUGUAGUGGCAGGUGGUAUCGCAGGCAAGUUCCCUCAAGGGCCUGCCCAGGAAAGUUCUUCCUUGGCAAAAGGGAUCAAAUCCCAGGGACUCCGGUCCCUAAAGAUCUCUCCAGCCACUCGAGCACUGCCCACUGAAACCACUAGCAAGAAAAACGGCAUUGAUGGGGAGAAGGGCUUGGACUCAGCCAGCAGUGACAGUGGGAACUACCAGACCAGCCCUCUUAAAGGGAACGUGGGGAGUGCCGAAGUACCUGGAAGAGCAGGAGCAGUGGCUUCCUCUGCUGCCACUCUGUGUAGCCUGCCACCCCUAAGUGCCCGCAGCCAGGUCCCCAACAAUGCCAAGGGGGCCCAGAGCAGUGGGGUCAGUCGACCCAGUUGGCGCAAUAAAACAGACAGUGCCCAGGACCCAGCCACCACAGCCCCAGCAGUACCCCAGAGUCCUGAUCACCCCCCCACGGCUGUCUAUCACCAGCAGUCACUGCCUUUCACCUUUCAUGGGGCCCAACCACAAGUACUGUGCUUCUCCCCUCCCGGCAUUUCUGCCCCAGCCCCUGCAACAGCAGCUCCAGGCCCAGCAGACCCCUUCCAGCAGCCACAGCCUCAGCAGACCCAGAGAAAGAUGCUGCUAGAUCUGACCACUGGCCAGUACUAUCUGGUAGACACACCGGUUCAACCCAUGACAAGGCGGCUAUUUGAUCCAGAGACUGGGCAGUAUGUAGAUGUUCCCAUGACCUCCCAGCAGCAGGCGAUGACUCCCAUGUCCAUCCCUGUUCCUCCUUUAGCUUUGAGCCCUGGUGCCUAUGGCCCCACCUAUAUGAUCUAUCCUGGGUUCUUGCCCCCAAUGCUGCCCCCCAGUGCCCUGCCGCCAACAACCCUCACCCAUCCGCCUGGAGGAAGCGAGCUCUCUCCCAUGACUAGAGAUCCCUCUGGCAAAGAAGCAGUAGCCCCCAGAGAUAUGGCUUUUGCUGAGACCCCAUACUUUAUUGCCAUGGGCCAGCCUCCCUCCUCUACUUCCUCCUCUGGCCCCACUGCAACCUCCCAGCUUGUGGGCGCCAAGGGGUUUGCCCAGGUGCAUGGCAAGCCUGUCAUCAGCAUCACCUCACAACCACUGGGGCCAAGGAUCAUCACGCCCCCAUCCUUUGAUGGUACCACCAUGAGCUUCGUGGUGGAACACAGAUGAUGAACAAAUACAUUUAUGGGAAAACAAAUGGAAGCAGCUCUUGGAACAAGGUGGAAGGACUCUCCUCAUUUAAUCUGGAAAUCACCUUGCAGCAGCAUUAAGAAUUCAUGUGUAAAACAGCUAACUUUUUUUCUUAUUUUUUGCUCCAUACAAACCAAGUGUGUAAGUUUCUUGUUUUCCAAGCAAUAUACAUCAUUGUAGUUUUACACAGCAAGUGAAAUAACACUAUUUUUUUUCUCUGUAAAAUUGCUUCUUUUUAUAUUGAAUGCAGAAUGUAAGCUUCAUAUAUUUGUCCCCAAGGUAAAAAUGCUUGAAUUGUUCACAGGGUUCAAUUAAAACUUGUAAAUGAAAGGUGCUAGUCCUCCUAUGGGGCUUAUGAAAUAAUUUGGCCAAUAAGAAAAAUUAUCUUUUUUUGGAUCAGAGGAGCAUUUUAUUGAUACUUGGAAUCUUAUGGGAUUCUUGGGUGGAGUCAGAACACAUCUGGAUUUUAGAUGGGAUAAGGAAGUAUUUUGGAUAGCCCUACUAGAAUGCAUGGUUAUUCUCCAGUUUUUGUUUCAUGAGUUAUUUUUAAAGGAUUUGGUAUGAUCUCAAAAGUGAUUAUGAAAGGAAAUAAGGGUUUUAUUUUUCUCCUUUGUACUGUGCUAUGUCACUUGAAAAUGUUGAAAAUAUGACAGGUUGAUCGUAUUAGAAAGUCAAUGAGUGAAUUUGAAAUUAAGUUUUUUGUCCCAUGAGGGAGCAUUUUUCUUUCAGAAUGCAGGCUUUUGAUACAAGUUUGUGAUGUCUGGGUUGUUGUUUGUUUUUUUUCCCCUUUCCCAUUUUCAUGAUUCCCUUUGAUAGCUGCUUGCUUUUUCGGUACAAUGAACAAUGAAGAAAGUUUGGGGGAAUGGAACGAGAUGUUACUUGAAGUUCAGGUGAAUCUGAUUCGCUGUGGCCAAUCUGUGGCCUGCAAAAAUGGCAGAAGAUUCUCUUCCUGAUAUUUGCAAGACUGCUUUUCCAACAGCAUUAUUAGACCUGCAGACUCUUUCCAUUAUGUCUGAUUAUGCCUUGAUUGUACAGACACUGAUUUAAUCUUGUUAUUAUUUUGAGGGAAAUUUAAGGAAGGCUAUCCUACAAAUCUUGAACAGUCAUAAAUGACAAGAGAAUAUGGAUUGCUUGCCCUGAAAUAGUAUUAAAUAUCUUAUUGAGAAAAAACUGAAUUUAAAUGCUUCCUAAUCUGAUUUUUGAGAUACCAGAACCAAUAUUGCUAUGUAUUUCUCUUAAAGAAUUUAUUUUCCUUUUCUGGUUUGUUCAAAAUGAAAACAAAACAAAACAAAACCUGGUGAUUUAAAGUAUUACCCUUGGCUUGAAAAUAUGACCCAGCAAUAUUUUCUCUUUAAAAUUUCUUCUUUUUUGCCAUAGAGAGUGAGAUUGUGUGGCUCAUGGAGAUUAUAAUCACACCUCUUAUCUAUUAGCUCUGCUAAUCAUUACUAAAAAGGAUCCCACUGUGUAAAUGUGGGGCUCCCUUGAGAGAUCCUAAUCUAGAAAUAAGUAUGAGCAUGGAAGGAAUAGGAGCCAACUCUCCAUGGCUGAGAAUAUGACUAUCAGAGAAAUAAGAUUUAGAAUGUGGUCAUGGCAUGCUCUCAAGAAUCCUCUGGAAAUAAUGUUGUAAUAUGUUAGAAUCUAAAUGCCACUGGAUCUUUAUUUGCCUUUUGCUUUUAAAUCCUGUCUGAAAGCAUCAUUUAAUUCUGAUGUGCUCUUACACAACUUAUACCUCUUGCUGAUGGCAGUGACUAACACUGAGGUCAUAAGUAGUUUGCCCAAGGUUCCUCAGUGAGUCACUUUGCUAUAUCUGGACCCCUUCAUCUCAUGAAAUAUUAGUGGGGAAGCAAAACCUGGACUCCAAUUGCUGGCAGCACUUAUGUGACUGUCCAUGCUAAAGAAUCAGAACUUGCCCAGUGAAACUCCUUAUUGUUUGCCAGAGACGGAUGCUGACCUAACAGGAGAAAAACUGAUAAGAUCAGUGAAAAGCCACAAAGAUAGCUUUGGAGAAUGUAGCUAUUGUGUUAAAGAGAUCAUAGGAUCAUAGAUUUAAUAUAAUAAGGGAUAUCUAGUCCAUCUCCUGUCUUUUACAGAUAAAGAAAUUGAAGCUCACCUAGAAUGACUUACUCACAUAGGAUCACACAGAAAGCAAGUGUCACAGGUAGAAUAUUAACUUGGUCUACCAAACCCUGAGUUCCAUUCUCUAUCUUCCUAAGAACACAGAAGAACAUAAAAGAAUGUUCAACCUAGAUGGGGCCCAUGAAGUCUUAUAUAACCCAAUUCAAUCCACUGAAGUGGAAACUGAGGCCAAAGAGUUCAUGAAAAGAUUUGCUCAACAUUGCUUAAAUCAUUGGUAAAGAAUCUUAACCCAGGGGAAGAGAGUUGUAGCCUUCAGUGCAAUUAACAACCUCAGAAACUCUUCAUGGCACAUUUAAGCCUUGAUUUCUUAUGUUGGGAAAGAUUUGAAUUCUGUAGAAAAUGAGCAUGUAAGAAAUAUUGCUUCUUUGUUUUUGUUCCAGACAGAUAUUAGGUACUGGAGCUAUUCCUCUUUAUUGAAUUCUAUAGGAUAUAGAAUGAGAUGGAUAAUAAGAGACAAAGUUAUAAAUCCGCUGAUUUCCAAAAUUAAUUUUACACUAGCUAUUACCAAUUCCAAUGCUCUGAUUUGACUAUAAAUAAAUGCCUUAUACCAGAAUUGCAACUCAAUUCUCUACCUCAAGUCAGAGGGUAGGAAAAAAGUUUUUUAAAAAUUUAAUAUAAACCUAUUCUUGAUGUUGUAUUGUUUUGUCAUUUCUUGCAGUUGCAUUAAAUAGUAAUGAAGAAGAAGCUCUAUCAAUUAUUGGAGUUUAAUUGCAACUGUCUUUCCUUUCUUUAUCUUAAAUAAAAUAAGAUUGUGUGAGAGCUUCUGACAUCAAACCCAGUUAACACCAGGGCAUCUCUUAAGACAGCCAUCUACCAUUGUAUAAAUUUUCUUUAAUUCUCAGUCUUUUCAGAAGAAUGGCAAAGUCUUUGUUAUUCAGUUAGAAGAGACUUUAAAGAUUACCUAAUUCAGUUCUUUCCUGUUUUAGAUGAGAAAACUAAGUCACAGAGAGACCACACAGGUAUAAGGUAUAGAUCUGGUAUCAGAACCAGGUCAUUUGACUUGAGACCUAUUUCCAUUUAGUCUGUGUCUGCAAGUAACUUGUGUGUACCAGCCUAUGCUUUCUUUACUUUAAUAUGCUUUCUUUUCCUAUUGAUAAAAUGGUCAGGCUUCAAUCAGCCCCAUAUUAAGGAGUUCUGGAUGGCCUAGCUCAUUUGAUAACAGUACUUCCAAAGGUGAUUCAUUUCUUCACAAUACCAUAGUAGAACCAAUUUGUAGAAGGCUUCAUUAAUUGCUGUGACCCAAACGAAAAAUCACGCUCUUGUCAUCUCUUUGGUGAGAAAUGCAUUCAUCCUUAGCUAGGCUGGUUUCUAGAUAACAGUUUAUCAAAGGAACUACUUAUUACUUGUUAUUAAUACUUGUUAGGAUUUAUUGAUAGAAUGGAAGCUCCUUGAGAGCAAGAAACAAUUUCAUUUUUAAAUUUGUUUCCUAAAUCUCCUAACACAGUGCUUGGCAUCCAAUAGCCAUUUACCAAAUGAUUGUUAAUUAAGAGAUUGAAUGAUGAUUGAUUGGCUUUCCAGAGCUUGCUUUCUGCUGACCUACCCUUUGAGAACCAAGGGUCACCACCCCACCAAGAUGUACCCAUUCUAGAGUAAGACUUUAGUCAUGAUCAUUGUCAAUAUAAAAUUUUAAUUCACCAGAAUGUAUUCCCCUUCCCCCAGGCACAAACCUCAGGAUGAAAUAUAUUAGGACAUUUGUGGGCAUGACUGUGUAGAUAGGGGAAAAGAACAAACUAUAUACUGAUGUAUUUAUCCUAACUCAGAUUUCCAAGUUAGCUUUCAUGAAAAGUUCACUCCUCUAUGUCCAGAAAUUGGCAUUCUGGAUUUUCUUUUUCUUACACUUAGAUUUUGCUUUCUUUCACCAAUGCCUUAUAGAGCAAGGAAUUUAUUUUAGGUGUCUUCAGAUUUAAUAGCGAUAAAAAGUUUGGGGAAAGUUUUUGGUACCAGAAAUUAUUUUUGGAUUGUAGGAGAAUACUGAUAUCUAAGUAGCCUAAUAGUGAUAAUCUCAGAAAGCAAAUACAUUAGGAUACUCGCAUCUGCAUUUGCAAAUACCAAUGGCAUACUUUCUUCUAUGUGGUGCUCAAGGAGGAGUCUCAUAUUACAGUUUACAAAAUAGAGGUAUGCACCAAACAUGCUCAGGGUUUGCAGUUUGGCUAAAUAUACUUGAAAAACAAACAAAGAAACAAACCAAACCCUAUUUGAGGUGCCCUGAAUCUCAACAGCACUGCUGAGAAAAACUAUAUAUAUAUAUAUAUAUAUAUAUAUAUGUCACUUGUUGUUGUUUGUAAAACUUUCUAUAAACAUAAAGUGACUAAAAUAAGACUACUUGAUAACUUCAUUUCUUAAGAGAAGUAGAUCUGAUAGUGUCCCAAAUGUAUGCUGAGUUUAGUUUCUGGUAUUAUUAAGCAGAUUUUAGACUAGUGGUACAAAUAUUUAUUGACUAUGAGUCAGUGCCUUAUAUUUGAGUCUACUAUGAAAGAUUUGAGUAGUAGGGGUUCUUCCCACCCUUGAUUGUGUGGUUUAGGACAGGUUUUGAGACUGAACAAUUUCAUUUGUCUCAGGAAUACCAACAGUCACAGGAAAAAAAGAGAUAAUAUCACAUCCAUGGAAACUUACCAGACCUUGUGCCAUUACGGGGCACCUCUCAUAUUUACACCAUGGCUGGGGUUUAUUUUUUCCCUAUAUCUGCUUUGGCAAGUGGAUGACCAAAAUGUCCUGAGAAUACCUUCAAUGUUUAUAUCCAUACUAUGAUGGAUGAUUCAUUGUCUCUUCCCUCCUCUGAGGAGGUUGGUGCCAAUAUUUCUUUGGUUCUACUUGUGAACAAUAACGUUAAAACAGAAUGUGAGUAUUAUGGAAGUUAUAUACAAUGAGAGGAACAUGGAUGGUGUGACAAAAAGGACUAAGGCAUUGACUAUUGAUCCACGAGUGGCUCCCCUGGUGAUGGGGGAAAAUGAGGAAAAUGGAAAGAAUGUGAAUAUGUAACUUGCUUUCAGCACAGACAUGGUGGAGAACUCCUUCCUCACUGAAAGCUGGUGAAAUCAGAUCUCAGUCUGCAAUAAGCCUGGAACAAGAGAACUUCAGGUCCAGUCUGAGAAUUGCACUAAUGGUGUGUUGCACAUGGAAGAAACUACUUUAGAAAGGAUUGUGUGGGAAUGGACUAUUUACCUUUAAUUACCAACACUUGAGAUUGGUUGUGAUAGCAUUUGUACUGUGUUGUUUUGUGAAUGUUCUUAAUGAAUUUUAAAAAAUGUAUUUUUCAAUAAAAGAAACUGCAAAGAAAUGUAUACUUGAUUUUUAUUUCAAUCCCCAAUGUACAUCUGUUGCAAUUUCAUUUAUUUAC